AUGGAUCAAAAAUUGGACAGUUCAAAUUACGUUUUUCCUAAUCAGAAUCAUUCCAACCAGGGUCAAUCGUCGUUGCAGAAUCAAGCAAUUCGCAACCAAGAUUCACGGAUGCCAUACAUUAAGAAUGAAUCGUCGGAAGGGGGGUUGGGGUCUCCAAUCAACCACCCAAGUUUUCAACAAUACAAGGGUCAGCCUAAUAUUCAAAGACCAGAGUUUCCCAACCACGCGGAAUUUACGCCACAACAGCAGUCACAGAACAUCCAGAAUUAUAAUCAACAAAUGCAGCUUCACUUUGAACUCCAGAGACAAUAUAUGGCAGGCAAUAUGGAGAACCCCCAAGUGUAUCCUGAUCAAUCGGGCGGACAUUUAUCUCAGGUCUAUAGCAUGUCAUCACCAUUCCAAAGUAGAUCAGGCAAUAACGACUCAUCUGCUAAUAUGAAUGCGUUAUCUAGGCCGGUGGAAGCAGAUGCGGGUAUGCUUAAUAGCAAGUCACCGAUUCCUAGUAGGGCCGCAACACCGGUUGAAAAUAUUACUGGAAUGCAAGAAGUGCCAUCAACAGGUAGAAAGAGAUAUAGGAAGUCCGACCAUGCCGUACCAGGUGACGAAGGGGAUAACGAGUUGAAGCAAUUGGCAUUUAAGGCGUCUCAGCUUCCGCUCUCCGAGCUUGCAUUAAGAAUCAAGUCAGUUGAAAAUGAUGAUUCUAUCCCAGAAACCAAAACAAGCUAUUCAACGUCUAAGGAUACUAGUAAAGAAAGACAACGUCAAAUAUUUGGCAUGGUCUGGUUACUUAAUUCUUGUGAAUCAUCAGCCACUGCAGUGGUUCCAAGAAAUAGGAUUUACGCGAGAUACGUUCAAAUUUGUGCAGAUAAUAGCCUAAAGCCUUUAUCACCGGCGAGUUUUGGUAAAUUAGUUAGAAUAUUAUUCCCCAAUUUGACCACUAGAAGAUUAGGUAUGAGAGGCCAAUCAAAGUACCAUUAUUGCGGAAUCAAAUUAGUAGGUGAUCAAAAUAUCCAAGCUGGAAAUUCACCCACAUCAGCGUCACCAUCAAUUGGAAACGAUUCUCCCCAAUCUUUACAGAAUCCAAAUACCCCUUCGGUAUCCAAUAGUCCUAUUAUUUCCGGAGUUUCUGCGUCAAACUCAUCAGCUGCAUUAAAUUCGAUUUUGUCAAAUGGAGAAUUUUUGGUUAAUGACCUAAAAUACAUUCCAAAUCUUUUCGGUUUGAUAGAUCAGUCACUUAAUGGAGAGAACUUGAACUCGCCAUUAGAUUUACCGUCAAUUUAUCCGUAUUUACCUAGAGACGCUGAUUAUGAUAUUGCCGAUACAUUGUACUCGUUAUACAAGGUCCAUUGCACGUCAGUUUUUGAAUUUUUAAGAUACAUGCAAGUCAGAAAAUUAUUUUCUUCGUUUGCCAGCUUCAAUGGAAUUUUAACAGCACCGGUAUUUAAAUUGUAUACUAAUGAUUUAAUUUCUGAAUGGGUCAAUGAGUGUGAUAACAUAAUGUAUAAAACGAUGGCUAAAAUGUUGACUAAGUUGCAUCUUCAAAGCGUUCCAGAUGAAGUUUUAAGACAGUUAAAACAAAUUUCGAACCAAUAUGUUGAUAAGCUAUCAUAUUCGCUACAGAAUAAGGUACCUAAAUUUUUUAUGGCAAUGAAAAUGAAGAAUGCCAAAAAAUUCGUUCUAAUUCUUUCUCGAUUAAUUAAAGUAAUCGAGACAGGAUACUCUGCAUCCAGAAUUUUCAAUAGUGCUCCGGAGAAACAAGCUAUGAUUGACGAUUGGCUAAAAUUGGACGUUAAUGAGAUUGUUUUAAGGGAAGUACCGUGUUCUAAGGAGAAUGUCGAAUCAUUGUUGCAUUUUUUGAAUAAUGAUCUCCUCACCAUAUUGCAUGAGCAAUUUGAUUCAGAAUCAGUUUCAGUGUUGACCAAAUCCGCCCAUUUUCUUGCAGAAUUACCUUCUAAGUUUUCUAAGCUCAAUCCUAGAUUAUUUACGUUAGUUUCUAGUAAUUUUCUUACGACAUGUCUUAGAGAAAUUAGUUUAAACGGCGGUCAAGGUUUUGGUACUUGGUGGAUAGUUAGAUGCUGGGUUGAUGAAUAUCUCAGCUGGUGUUUUGAAUUAGGUGGAUACUUUCAGGAUGACUUCUCAACCUCGUUCAAUGAAGGUUAUGUUACAGACAGAGAUACAAAUGUAUUAAAAGCUGAGAAAACGAACCCAAAAGCCGAUACCAGCGCAAAUAAUACCAACACCAGCAUGGGUCAAUUCGAUGACUCCACAAACGAUCAAUUGCGUCUUUCAAGUAUUGUUGAUCUUUUAGAUGGUGCCUAUGGUACAGAUUCAGUAAAAGAUGAUCAAAGUAACAACGAGAUGAUGUUGAACUACGAUUCAGUUGGAGUUGAAAAUUUCUUGGGUAGGAAUGACGAUUUAUUAAGUUAA